CUCCAGUUCUCAGUGACAUUGACCAAUAAGGAGGAUCAGCGCACACGAAACAGAAUAUUUCGAAUAUUCACAUAGAACCCAUAACCAGCCAUCGGUUUUGCGGAAAGAAAUACGUUGCAAUCUUGGGGUUCAAUAUCGUCUGCAUUACAACGGCUUCAGCGUAAACUACAGCCAUGUCGGAGGACCAGAGCUCCCAACCUUGGUCCAUCAAGAAAGAUGAUUAUGAGCUACAGGAGGUGAUUGGGAGUGGAGCCACGGCCGUUGUCCAGGCGGCGUACUGCUUGCCCAGGAAGGAGAAGGUGGCCAUCAAGCGAAUCAAUCUGGAGAAAUGUCAGACCAGCAUGGACGAGCUCCUGAAGGAGAUCCAGGCCAUGAGCCAAUGCCACCACCCCAACAUCGUCUCCUACUACACCUCCUUCGUCGUGAAGGACGAGCUGUGGCUCGUGAUGAAGCUGCUCAGCGGGGGCUCGGUGCUGGAUUUCAUAAAGCACAUCAUAUCGCGGGGGGAGCACAAGUCCGGGGUCCUGGACGAGCCCAGCAUCGCCACCAUCCUGAAGGAGGUGUUGGAGGGCCUGGAAUACCUGCAUAAAAACGGACAGAUUCACAGAGACGUGAAGGCUGGAAACAUUCUUCUCGGGGAAGAUGGAUCAGUGCAAAUUGCAGAUUUUGGGGUCAGUGCCUUUCUCGCAACUGGUGGUGACAUCACGAGGAAUAAGGUGCGGAAGACGUUUGUGGGAACUCCCUGCUGGAUGGCUCCUGAGGUGAUGGAACAGGUCAGGGGUUACGAUUUCAAGGCGGACAUCUGGAGCUUUGGGAUUACAGCCAUCGAACUGGCGAGUGGGGCUGCUCCCUACCACAAAUAUCCUCCUAUGAAGGUGCUCAUGCUGACCCUACAGAACGACCCCCCUUGCCUUGAGACGGGCGUCUCGGACAAAGAGAUGGUGAAAAAGUACGGGAAGUCCUUCAGAAAGAUGAUCUCGCUGUGUCUGCAGAAAGAACCAGAAAAAAGACCGACAUCAUCAGAGCUUUUAAAGCACAAAUUCUUCCAGAAAGCAAAGAACAAUGAAUAUUUACAAGAAAGGCUGUUACAGAGGGCACCAACAAUAGGACAAAGGUCCCGAAGGGUGAGGCGUGUGCCGGGCUCCAGCGGCAGGCUGCACAAGACGGAGGACGGCGAGUGGGAGUGGAGCGAUGACGAGCUGGACGAGGAGAGCGAAGAAGGAAAGGCCGCUGUGGCAGCCUUACGGUCGCCCAGAGUGAAAGAUGGACCACAGAACUCAGAGGUUUUUCCAGUGUCAGAGCCUUGUCACCUCCAGCCUUCAGCCCAAGGCCAAGCCCAACUACCUCAGCCUGCUGGCCAGACCGCUGCGCAGGUUCCCCAGGCCAACGUACCACCCGCCGCCCAGGCUUCAGUCCCAGCACAAGGCCCACCUCCUGCUGCCCCAACUGCCCAGGCCCCAGCAGCUGCACCCGCAUACGAUGCCUCCAAGACUCCCAUCAGCUUGGUAUUAAGGUUGAGAAAUUUAAAGAAGGAACUAAAUGACAUACGAUUUGAAUUCAUGCCCGGGAGAGACACGGCAGAUGGCGUGUCACAGGAGCUGGUGUCUGCAGGCCUGGUAGACGGGAGGGACUUGGUUAUAGUUGCUGCCAAUUUACAGAAAAUAGUUGAAGAGCCACAAGCCAACAGAAAUGUCACUUUCAAGCUGGCUUCUGGUGUGGAGGGAUCUGAAAUUCCUGAUGAUGUCAAACUAAUGGGAUUUGCACAGCUCAGCAUUAGUUAAACUGUUGUACUACUGUGGACCUGGCUUGCCUGAAAAAAUCUUUAAAAAAAGAAAAAUAAACAAAACCGCACACCUGUG